AUAUCCAUCUCCCUCUGUCUCAUUAUUCCCGUUAGAAAAAAAACCCACCACUUCACAAAUGUCAGCUUCUCGCUGAAAUCAAUUCACCUCUCCGAUUUUCUUGUAUAUCGAAGGAAAAAAAGAAGUGUUCAAGCGUGGUUAUUUUUUCUAUUAAAAAAAUCUUCCAUAAAAACUAAAUUUUACUUCGUAAAUAAUAUCAAAUUAAAGUUUUGCAUAUUGCCUUUAUAGUCGGUUAAUAAUAUAUUAGCAAUAAUUGCGAUUUUCUCCAACCCGAAAAAAUAGAAUUCCAAUUCAAUUUUUUUGGGAGUUCACCAAAGAGUUGUAGAAGGGAGAAGACCGAAGACAGAAGAGCAGCAACCAGCAAGAGUCAAGAGAGAAGAGAUAGAAGAUCAAAGAAGAACAAGAAGGCAAAACCGAAACCGACGUAGAAGAAGCAGUAGCACUAGCAGGACAGCUACUAGCUAGCAGCAAACAGCAAGCAGAAGCAAAAAAGCAAAAAAAAUAAUUUUUGCGAUAAAAAUGUCGAGCGUGUAGGAGCACGGUAAUUUUUAAUAAAAUUACACUAAAAUUCUUGGCAUCGCUCCAUCUAAUUGUUCCGGAUCUCUGUCCUGUGCAUUAAGCACAAUCCCGAGUCCCCUGUGGAUGGAUCCUUUUGUUGGCUGGUUUCAAGAGGAACAGGAGGGUCCAGCGCUACGAACGUGGUACAAGAUCUGGGAGACCAAUGCUCAUGAAAUGAGCCAAUUGCUCGACUUGCAGCAGCAAUUUCAGCAACAACAACAACAGCAGCAGAACACCAAGAACGGCAACACCAACCCCACAAAUAACUCCAACAUGAUUAUGAUGAACAGAGAACGCGACCGUGAUACAACCAAUGCUGCCUUCCACCAGAUCCUGGAUCAACAGCAACAGAAUGCGCCGUCAAACGAGCAGCAGCAACAGCGCGAACGUCCCACAAAUGACCGAGGAAGCUAUUAUAAUCCGUCGCGGAGGAAAAUCGGUCGCAUCGUCGACAAUAAAGCAUCCACUUACAAUCUAAACAGGCAUGUCGAAAAACUCAUCAGCAAAUACAGAGGUUGUCCGUGGCGCGUUCCCAAUUACGUGUACGGACGCGGCGUUAUCGGCCUGCACGAGGAGAUCGAACAGUUUUAUCAUUAUGUCCUGCCAACGCCCGCCGAACAUGCCAUCCGCAACGAGGUCGUCCUCCGCAUAGAAGCCGUCGUCCAUACAAUCUGGCCAGCCGCCGUGGUCGAGAUAUUCGGAUCAUUCCGAACGGGAUUGUUUCUGCCCACGUCAGAUAUUGAUCUGGUGGUUCUGGGUAUGUGGGAAAAGCUGCCACUGCGUACCCUCGAAACAGAGCUUAUUGCGCGCGGAAUCGCUGAGCCGUCAUCGGUGCGGGUGCUGGACAAAGCGUCGGUGCCCAUUAUUAAGUUGACGGAUCGCGAAUCGCAGGUAAAAGUGGACAUUUCUUUUAACAUGCAGUCAGGAGUUCAAUCGGCCGAACUGAUCAAAGAGUACAAGCAACAAUUUCCGUUGCUGGCCAAGUUGGUUCUGGUUCUGAAGCAGUUCCUGCUGCAGCGCGACCUCAACGAGGUCUUUACUGGCGGCAUUUCAUCCUAUUCCCUUAUUCUGAUGUGCAUCAGUUUCUUGCAGCUGCAUCCGCGCCAAAUACACUCUGAGACCGCCAAUUUGGGCGUAUUGCUUUUGGAAUUUUUUGAGUUGUAUGGCCGCAAAUUUAACUACAUGAAAAUCGGCAUCAGUAUAAAGAACGGUGGCCGAUAUAUUCCCAAGGAGGAUCUUCAGCGCGAAAUGGUCGAUGGCCACCGGCCGUCGUUGCUAUGCAUUGAGGAUCCCCUUACCGCUGGCAACGACAUUGGGCGCUCGUCGUACGGAGCGCUUCAAGUGAAGCAAGCCUUUGAGUACGCUUACCUGAUGCUCUCGCAAGCGGUAUCGCCUCUCAACAAUUAUGCGAGUGACUGCAACGAGCGCUCCAUACUCGGUCGCAUCAUUCGCAUCACAGAUGAUGUGAUCGACUAUCGCGAAUGGAUACGAGAAAAUUAUGAACAUCUGCUAGUCACAAGAAUGUCGCCUGGUGGCGGUGUCGCUAACACAGGCCUAAUGCUCACCGGAGGCGGCUCUGUGCCAAUGGGACAAACGCAAAAGCAAUAUCAGCAGCUUCAGCAACAUCAUCAUAUGAUCAGUGGUGGCGGCGGCGGCGGUGGGGGAGGCGGAAACAAUAGUAACAAUGACUAUCGACGGCGCGGAAGUACCUCGAGCGGCGACGACUCCGAAGACAGCAAAGAGGGGGACAUAGAAACGAAUAUGAUGUCAACACGCGGUGACACAUGAUGACUGCAGCGACAGCGGUACCACCAGCACCUAAUUCCUAAUUCUAGCUCUCCUUCUUUAAAUCCUUCCAUUCAUUCACAUACACAACAACAAAUACAGCAACAUCUCUUACCAAAUGUCUUUGUUGCCACUAGAUCUAAAACGGCAACAUUGUUGCCAGGUCAAUUGGAGUACCACCAUCAUGUGUACACUCCAACUACUUCAUUGACUUAACUUUUUUUUUCAAAAUUUCCAACUAAAAUCAAAUUUACAAUCAACCCGGCUCCCAUUUCUGUUCCAAAGGUUCACUGCGAUCCUCUUCCUUACAUUCAAAACCCUUUCGUUCCGUUCCCUUCACUUCCCUUAGCCCAGUACUAUUAUCGUAUUUAAAAAACAAAAAGAAGCAUAAAACAACAUUUUUAAAAUAAUAUCAAGAAGGCUGUCGUUAUGAAAGUAAAAGUAAAACAAAAAACAGAUUUUCUUUAGUCGCAUAGGUUUUUUUUUGUUAUCAUUUUUUUUUUAAUAAUUUUAAUUUUGAUUCAUAUUCUCUCUUUCCAAAUGAUGUUCUUAAACAAGAAACGCCUUGCGAGGGUUUUUAUAUAUUUUAUUUAAUCGAAGAAAAGAAAAACAAAGCUAUUUGAUUUUAAUUUGUUAUAAUGUAUGUAAAGGUUUGAACUUUGAAGAGAUAAAGCUUGAAGUUAGGAGUUGAGAAGUGUGUGGACAAAACCUGCCUUAAAAAGGACUACACAGAAAAGUCAUUUUUUUCUUUUGUAAAAUCAACUCAAAAACACGAAAAAAAUAUAUAAGAAAGAUUAUUUCAAUAACAUUUUACAAAUAAAUUUAUAAAAAAAAAUGUCUGCCAUUCGCGGUUCUCGUUGUCUCCUUAAAAGAAAAAAAAUUAUUCUAGUUCUAUUCAAGUUAUUUUUUUUUCAUCAUACAUAGUGAUAGUUAUUUUGUUUCUUAAAUGUUUAAUUAUGUAUAUUUUAUUUUUUAUUAAUUAAUAAUUAUUUUUCUUUUUUUUUUAAACGGUUAAGUUCAAAUGAAAUUUUUCAAAGUUUAAAAAUAUAACAGAAAAUUAUACAUUAAAAAAUAUAAUUAUUAUUAUUAUAGUUAUUUAAUAGUUUUGUAAGUUUCUAUUUAAUUAAAACAACAACAAAUAAUACUAUGUUAUAUGAGAAUGAUGCAACAAUUUUAUAUAAUUAUGUUACAAAUUCAUACAACAAAGUGAAUAAUUUAGUGAACAAAAAAUAGUAAAGAUAAAUUAGAGGAAAAUCUGAACUUGAAUUAAUACACAAACAGAAAAUCUGAAAUUCUGACAAAAAAAAUUACUAAAAUAUCAAAAAACAAAAAAAAAAUAUUAAACAAAAUUACAAUAAACUGCAACGAGAACUACAAUAAUUAGUAUUUUUUUUUUGUUCAUAUUCUUAUUAAUUAAACAAAACUGUCUUAUUUACCAGUUAUUUUAUAAAAACAAACUACAACUACAAACAAAAAGUUAAUUACAAUAGAUUGUUUUCUUUGCAUAAGUUAUCUGCUAUUAGCACGAAAUAUUCUCUUUUUUUAUUCUUUUUUUUUUAAUUCUUAUUGAAAAUGUUCUACCGUUAACAAUUAUAUUUUCUUUCAAUUUUUGUUUGUGAAAUGAUUUUAAUGAUGAUCUUAUAGUUACGCAAUUAACAACAUCAACUACAACAACAACAUUACAAUUUACAAUACACAUUUUAAAAAAACAAA